UAUUAUUUUCUAAAAACAUACGCAGUCUAAAAGGAAUCCCUGAUAAAAAAUAAAUAAACAAUCUUUCCAUCGUAUAAUUUUUUUAUUUAUUUUUCUUAAAUAAACUUAGCCUCGUGGAAAUACGAUAAAAUAACAAAGAAGUUUAAUCUCUUUCGUAUUUGACGUCAGAGACGGAAUUGUGGGUAAAUUGAUUGGCCUACUUUGUUAAGGUCACCAUUUGUUUACAAGGAAACUAAAUUGCUUCUGAAAAACGGUAAAGUGCAGUUUAUACGACACAAUCUCAACAGAUACCCACGUAAAAGUCAAAACUUGAUGACUUUUCUAAACGUUUGUAUAAUCUAUUAGUGAAGAAAGUGUUUAUGAAGGUGUUGAUUCCUCUUUGUAAAAAUUGACAUUUUGUUUUCACACAGCUGAUUUACACUGAUUUUGCAAUUCCCUCCCAAAUGGGGAUCGAAAAGGAAUAUCGAGAUAUUGAAAUGAACCAGUGCUCAAGUGAAAAAUCUGUGCAAAACAUUUUAAUGCUCAUUAACUCUGGUAAAAUCAAAGUUCCGUGUCCACUGUGUUUUAAUUCUUUAAGACUUUUGUCACUUCCUAGUUCUUUGACUCAGUAAACAUAAUAAUUCAUUAGAAUUCAAUUAAGAAACAACUGUCAAGUUCCAGUAUAAGAUCAAGAGCGACCUUAAAGACAGGAUAAAGGAAUACUGAUAGUACAGCUGUGAGGUGAAGCUGAAACUCGAAGCAAGAGACGAAGAUGAAGUUUCUUGAAAAUGCAAAGUUUGAGGCGAUCAAUGCAGCGCUUUCAAUUGAAAUGGAAAACUACAGGACUGAGGGAAGACUGGAAAGUUAUUCAUGCAAGAUGGCUGGGAAUGACAAGCGUCUUUUCAAGACUUUGAUGCAGGAGUCACAUGACAAUAACCCAAGAGAUCUUCAAGUUCUGUCUCCUCCACAGAGCACCAUAUCACUCAGCCCGGUCAAGAGUUAUGGUCGGAGUAUGAGUGAUGGCGAGAGCUACUUGUGUGACACCAUCUCGACGAAGACACUAUUUUACCUCAUCUCCACACUCAACGCCUCGUUUAACCCAGACUAUGACUUCAGCAAUGCUAAAAGUGAUGAAUUUAGCAAGGAGCCCAGUGCUGAGUUUGUGUUGAACGCAGUUGAAAGCCAGCUUCAGACAGUAGCUAAUGAAGCCUUUAGUAAUCUUAAGCAGAAUCUGUGGACGGCCAUUGAUGAGGAGAUCAACCUACGGGAAUGCGAUGUAUACAGCUACAAUCCUGACCUGUCCUCCGACCCGUUUGGUGAAGAGGGAUGCACGUGGUCGUUCAACUAUUUCUUCUACAACAAGAAAAUGAAGCGGAUUGUUUUCUUCACUUGCAGGGCUACCAGUGGUCCGUAUGGAGAUUCUGGGAUUGGGACAGACAUUUCCAUGGAUGAAUCCAGUGACAUGAUGUUCGAGAAAUCGAGACGAUCGAUGUGGGAAUAUUAAACCAAGUAACAAGAUUUACAUUGAUAUGGAAUGAAUGUGUUGAAUGCCAAACUUGAUAGCUGCACCCAGACACUAGCCCAUAUUGAAGGAAGGAGCACUCAACAGUACCAUUGUGAAGGAGCACUCAACAGUUUCCAUAAACUUGAUUGGGCACAUUAUCACAUACACAUUUUGCAACUUACAGUAGCCAAGAUUCUGUUGUUAAAAUGAUUGUAUAGGCACAUUUGGCUACUUGUGAUAAAAUAAUAAGUUAAGUUGUUUGUUUUUUUAUUAAAUUUAUGAUUCAAAAACAUGUUUUGCAACAAAUUUUAAAUAGUAUGGAACUUCAUGUUAACACUGAUUUGUCAAAGUAACAAUUGGGUAGGGGUAAUCAAAGAAUCAUCUCAUCAUCAUCAUCUUCAUCAUCAUCAUCAUCAUCAUCAUCAUCAUCAUCAUCAUCAUCAUCAUCAUCAUCAUCAUCUGUGUGAGAAAAGUAAUUACCGUACAAAAUAGAGAAGUGAACUUGAGUAAUAGGCAUUUUUUGUAAUAAUGUAUAGCUAGUCACUGUGUACAAUUUUACUAUCCCAUUGCAGCCCCUUAUGUACAGCUAAGAUCCCUUACAAAUAAAAGGCAAGAUUGUUUGAAUGACUUAAAUAGUUUAUGAUUAUAUGUUUCACAUUUCUGCCAUUCACAUUUGUUUGAGUUUUAUGUUUUAUCUCAUCUUUUCUUCAAAGACAAAGUCUAGGUCCAUUGGCCAUGACUAGGUAUUGUAGUCUUGGGUGUUGCCAUUGGCCAUGACUAGGUAUUGUAGUCUUGGGUGUUGCCAUUGGCCAUGACUAGGUAUUGUAGUCUUGGGUGUUGCCAUUGGCCAUGACUAGGUAUUGUAGUCUUGGGUGUUGCCAUUGACCAUGACGAGGUAUUGUGGUCUUGGGUGUUGCCAUUGGCCAUGACUAGGUAUUGUAGUCUUGGGUGUUGCCAUUGGCCAUGACUAGGUAUUGUAGUCUUGGGUGUUUCCGAUGCCAUUGGCCAUGACUAGGUGUUGUAGUCUUGGGUGUUGCCAUUGGCCAUGACUAGGUAUUGUAGUCUUGGGUGUAGCCAUUGGCCAUGACUAGGUAUUGUAGUCUUGGGUGUUGCCAUUGGCCAUGACUAGGUAUUGUAGUUGUGGGUGUUGCCGUUGGCCAUGACUAGGUAUUGUAGUCUUGGGUGUUGCCAUUGGCCAUGACUAGGUAUUAUAGUCUUAGGUGUUGCCGUUAGCCAUGACUAGGUAUUGUAGUCUUAGGUGUUGCCGUUAGCCAUGACUAGGUAUUGUAGUCUUGGGUGUUGCCAUUGGCCAUGACUAGGUAUUGUAGUUUUGGGUGUUGCCGUUGGCCAUGACUAGGUAUUGUAGUCUUAGGUGUUGCCAUUGGCCAUGACUAGGUAUUGUAGUCUUAGGUGUUGCCGUUAGCCAUGACUAGGUAUUGUAGUCUUGGGUGUUGCCAUUGGCCAUGACUCAAAAUCAGUUCAAGAUACUCAAAUGAAACUUAAUACACAGGUUGCCGGAGACAAUAUGCCCAUGUGUAGCAAGGUCCAUAACACUGCCUUUGAUUAUUGUCAAGUUAUGCCCUUGUUUUAGAAAACCCAAGAAGAGCGAUUCAGUUUGAAUUCAGUUUGAUCUUGAAAUCCAUUUGAUUUCUGGAUAUUAUCAUUACUUAAGUAAUAGAUUGUAAUGUGUUGACCAACUUAUUGAUUUGUAUUCACAUAAAAUAAUUAAUUGAAGAAAGAUUCCUGAAUGUUUCUUAUAUUGACUCUUGAUUUUACACUGUGAAUGAAUUUCUUCCCUUUCCUUGAUAGAAUACCGGCUGAUUCAGCCACCCCUAGUUAAUGUACAUUUAAGUUAUGUACAAUUUUCAAAUAGAUUUUUCCUAUAAGAACACAGUGUACAUUUUUAAAGAAGCAAUUUGUGUGAUAACUUUGUGCUCUAGUUUUUUGUUUUUAAUUGUUUUGGUUUAUAGAUGGUAGUAUAUAUAUAUAUAUAUAUAUAUAUAUAUAUAUACUGUGAAAUCAUUUAUAUUCGUUUGCAUGAAAUUUGUGGCUUGCCGAAAAAUUACAAUUUGGUGGGUACUUGAAUUCGUGGUUUUUCAUUUUUGAAAAAAAAAAUUGUUUCAACAUGUUUAGGCACGUGCUUCUGUCAUUUGGUUCAUAAAACACAUUAAAACGAUUUGGUUAAUUAUUUGUUAAAGGCAGAUAUAAUAUAUUAACAAAACAAUGAUAUUACGAUAUAUAGUGAGCAGUUAUAUACGAUGUAUACUGCGGCCUCUGUAACGAAUAAACUAGAGUAUGUACAUAACAUGGCAAUUGAAAAAGUGAAUAAAGGGUCUAUAUUUCAUGGGAUCUUGAAUUCGUGGAUCACCUAACCUACGAAAACCACGAACAUUAAUGCCCCAUGAACAUUAAUGAUUUCACAGUAUGAUUCAAUGUGCAAAAACCAGGUCACAGGUUUAAAAUGCGUGGAAUUGGGUACUUUGUUUUCAUGCUGAUGUUUUGUUAACAUGCUGAUUUUCUAAGUGUGACUGUGGUUUUGUUUUUACUGUUAAUAAAGGAAGUGACAGAGUGAUAGCAAAAUCAGCUUAUGAAAACUGUUUUUUAACAACAUGAUUUCUCACAUUAUUUCAUUUCAAUGGUGGCUUGGUUGUCUCAAAUUGUCCCAUAAAUAUAUAAAUUCACCUAAUAGUCAUGUACAUAUUAAAACACUAAAUAUUUCCACUUAUGGUAUGUUCGGCACAAACUGUAUGUUCACCACUUUUUCGGACUUGAGUAGUCAAGUUUUUUUUAGAAAUUAUUCCUAACUGAUAUUUAGUACACCACAUAUGCUUUUUUGAUGAAAUUAACUUUUACAUGUGCUGUCACAGGAAUUUAAUGGCUUGACAUGUUUAUACAAAGUAUUUCUAGUAUAAUUUUAUUCAUAGGAUGGUACAAUAGAUUUUUUAGACCGGAUUCAUUCCAAAAUGAUUAUCAGUAUGUUACUUAUUUGUUUUGUUUUAUAACAUGAACCGGUUUGUCUAAUACAAGGAUUUUGAAUGGAAUUAAUGUCAAAUACAAAUAUAAGACAUUAAGUUCACUCACUACCUGAAUGUUAGGUAUUGACACUAAUUUGCUGAACUGUCUUUAUGCUUUUAGAAUGUUGCAUAACAGCUACAUUGUAUUGAACACUAGUUACAGAAUCCUUUUCUGGAAAGUUCUGUUUGGAAUGUCCCCUCAAUAUAGAACAUUGUCACAUUCCCCUCAGUAUAGAACAUUGUCACAUUCUCCCCUCAGUAUAGAACGUAGUCACAUUCUCCCUUCAGUAUAGAACAUUGUCACAUUCUCCCCUCAGUAUAGAGCGUUGUCACAUUCUCCCCUCAGUAUAGAACAUUGUCCUCAGUAUAGAACGUUGUCAUAUUUUCCCCUCAGUAUAGAACAUUGUCACAGUCUCCCCUCAGUAUAGAACAUUGUCACAUUUUCCCCUCAGUAUAGAACAUUUUCACACUCUCCCCUCAGUAUAGAAUGUUGUCACACUCUCCCCUCAGUAAAGAACAUUGUCACAUUCUCCCCUCAAUAAAGAACAUUGUCACAUUCUCCUCUCAGUAUAGAAUGUUGUCACAUUCUCCCCUCAGUAUAGAACAUUGUCACAUUCUCCCCUCAAUAUAUGAAACCAAUGUUUCUGAUGCAGGAGCCAUUUUGAAUUUUAGACAUAGCGACAGUCAUUUGAUUUGAGAUGAUGUAACCAACAGAAAGGUUGAUAUGUUGAGAGUGCUCUAGUGCUAUAGGUGUCUGUCCUAGAGCUUGUGGGUGCGAUUCCCACCAGGGGUACUUUCUGAAGGCUCGUCAAAAUGGGUGCCUUGGUGCUGGUUUCUACCAAGGAAACAGACUCAAGAGUGAUCCUUUAAGCUAUCAACUAAAGUAACAAUCCAACUAAAAGAAAUUAGCAUAAACUAACUAAACAGUUAGAUAAACAUUUAACUUUUGAGCUAAAUAGUCGUUAAGACUUUGUUUCUUCACAGUGGCUAUAAAAGUGUGAUUUGUUAAUCUUGCUUUGUUACUUUAUAGCAAAGGGUGUAACAGAGCCAGUCAGAUAAUGAACUGUUGAGCAGUUUAGGAGUUUAACAGUGUAGAAGUCAAUAGUCUAACGUGCAUUGAAAUCAAGGAGUUUUGUAUGCCCUUAAGAGCUUAGAUAAUUUUUGUAGAAUCUCUUGAAAUGACAUGAUUUUUAUUGUGUCAUCUGUAUGGUACUGUCAACAUUGGACAUACUAUAGAUAAUACUGUGUUUCACUUAGCUGCUUAUCUUUAUGGCUACAACUGAUAAACAGUAGUAUUGGCCUUUUCUAUACCACUCACUAAAAUGUUGCAUCCCAAGCCUUUCAGGUGUUCGUAUUUUUUCAUUAGUAAAUAAGGUGUUUGGAAGUAAAUAAAAACCUCAAAACGUGGGUCAGGUUAGUCCAAACUGAAUAUUUCUUGAUUGUUGCUUAACUUGUACUUGGCUGCUAAAUAAUAAUUGGUACACAGUUGUGUAUUUUUGUUUGUCUCAUUGUUUAUGUCUCAUUGUAUAUGCCCAAUAUUGUGCGCAUACAUUGAGCAUAUUUUUUAUUGUUAUAUAGCAAUCCGUUAACUUAUCAUGUUUUUGGCUAAAUGAACAAGAUUAUUUUUCAUUCAGUCAUUUGUUUCUAUGAUAUGAUUACUGUAUGCAUUGUGAAUCUUGUUGUUAACUAGAAAAUCAAAAUUGCAUAUAACUUGAUGGUGAACUUACAUUGCUUAUGUAAAAUUUGUGUUUGUAUAUUUGUUACAUUGCUUAUGUAACAUUUGUCUUUGUAUAUUUUGUUACAUUGCUUUUGUAACAGUGUUUUUAUAUUUUGUAACAUUGCUUAUGUGACAUUUGUGUUUGUAUAUUUCUUUUCUUUAACAUGUAAUCAAACUAAAAAAAUUUAUCUGAGUUAUAAUUUCACAAUAUUUUUUCUCUUUGGCAGAAAAAGUGGUUGACAUUUUUAUUGUUCUGAAUUUCCAAAUUUUUACAGAUGUUUUAUUGUUUGAUCAGGUAGGAACUUUAGUUGUCAUUUUUGUACAUUGACUUUCAUGUGAUCUCUUCAUGUAAAUAUAUUGAUAUGAAGGCAUUCUUCAUUGGACAUUUCUAAUGAUUUUGGGUUUCAUUAUUUUAUGUCAACAUGUUACACCAUAUGAAAUGGGUAAACAUGUAUGUAAGAUAUUAUCUUUUUUCUAGCGGCUCUAGGCUUUUUUUCUGCAUAUUCUCAAAAACAGACUUAUCAAGUAACAUAUUCUUACAAACAAAAUGCAUUAUGCAAGCUAAUAAAUACAUUUAAAAUGGUCUGAUACAUAUGAUGAUUUAAUCAAGUUUAUCAAAUUUAUUGAAUAAAGCAAUGCAAAGUAUUAUACAGGAGGGUGGCAAUUUUCAGAAUAAACUUGAAGAAGUUGUUGUUGUUUAUUUCUUGACCUUCACAUUUACUUUAUUAGUAAUAUAUAUAUAUAUAAUACAUCAUUGACAUGCAUCACACGAUUUUGGCCGAAUGUCUGAAGCCUCAGACUCAGUUAUUUAAACCAGAGAAUUACUAUCAGAAUUACUAUAAACAAAUAUCAAAAUCACCAAAAAAGCCCUAUGAUGCCACAUAUUAUCUGUUAAUUAAUGUCGGAAUUAUUUGCCACGAGUUCACAUUAGUUGCUGUAAAUAUUUUACUUGCUUUUACUCUGUUUUUUAAAUGAUUAGAGUAUAAAUACCGGUAUAUUGCUGCCCCUGAGCCGUCUAGGUCAUUCAUUUAUAUUUGAUAUAUAAAGAAUACUGAAUAUCAACAAUGGUAUAAUACAAUCACAAUUUUAAAUACCCUCGAGUAGUAGUGAUAUUUUUUUGAAACAUAUUAAAAAAAUGAGUAAUUAUAUCAUGCCAAAUGCCUUAUCUUACAAUAUUCUGUUGUACUCUUGUUGAUAAGAUGGCUUCUGGGUAUUGUAUAUUUUAGAUGAGUAUCUAGACACACUGUUCUUGUUGUUUUUAGCUCACCUGAGCACAAAGUGCUCAAGGUGAGCUUUUGUGAUCGGUCUAUGUCCGCUAUCUUUUGUGCUCAAGGUGAGCUUUUGUGAUCGGUCUAUGUCCAGCGUCUGUCGUCCGGCGUCAACAAUUGGUUAUAAUCAUCUUCUUCUCCUAAACCACUUGGACAAUUUUGAUGAAACUUCAUAGGAAUGAUCCUUGGUUGGUGCUUUUUCAAAAUUGUUCAAAGAAAAUAAUUCCAUGCAGAACUCUGGUUGCCAUGGCAACCUAAAGGAAAAUGUCAACACUAGGUUAUAAUCAUCUUCUUUUCCUAAACCGCUUGGACAAUUUUGAUGAAACUUCAUAGGAAUUAUCCUUGGUUGGUGCUUUUUAAAAUUGUUCAAAGAAAUUAAUUCCAUGCAGAACUCUGGUUGCCAUGGCAACCUAAAGGAAAAUGUCAACAAUUGGGUAUAAACAUCUUCUACUCCUAAACCCCUUGGACAAUUUUGAUGAAACUUCAUUGGAAUGAUCCUUGGUUGGUGCUUUUUCAAAAUUGUUCAAAGAAAUUAAUUCCAUGCAGAACUCUGGUUGCCAUGGCAACCUUAAGGAAAAUGUCAACACUAGGUUAUAAUCAUCUUCUUCUCCUAAACCGCUUGGACAAUUUUGAUGAAGCUUCAUAGGAAUGAUCCUUUGUUGGUGCUUUUUCAAAAUUGUUCAAAGAAAUUAAUUCCAUGCAGAACUCUGGUUGCCAUGGCAACCUGAAGGAAAAAUUGCAAAACUUUUUUGGCAAAUACUAUGAAGCCUAGUGCUUUAAUAUUUGGUGUGUAACAUUGUCGAUUGGUUAUCUACCAUUUUUAUUCAAAUUAUGCCCCUGGAGAAAAAUUGGCCUCAGACCGUGGGCUACAAGUUCAUUAUAAAUACACUUUGUCAAAUUCUAAUAGUUAUGUAAAGUUUUUUCUUGAAGCAAGGGCAGCAAGUCUUGCUAUAUGGUCUCCCUUUUUGUUGGAGAUUCCACUACUUUCGAUUUUUAGUAACAAGGGAAUAUAUUUUAAAUUUUAUGAAGUCUUUAACAUAGUCACUUCUGAAGUAAUUAUUGUUCUUUUUUUAGAUUCAUAGAUUCAAAUAAUUAUUAUACACUUUAUUUUUUAGAAGAAAUUUCAUUUUUACUUAAUAAUAAAUUUAAUAAUCAGACUUGAACUUCAUGUAGAUUAUUGUUCAUGCAGAUGCUAUAAUCUUAUCUUCUGUGUGGAUAGUGUUUUUCACUUAUAACUUAUAUAAAGAAAAAUACUGUUAUUAACAUUAGAAGGAAUGUGAUGUUGUCCUAGACGGGUCAAGGUGAUAAUAUUAGUUGACGGAGUUGAAUGUGAUCUGAUACUUGAUUUUUAGAGCUUAAGGCAGUUUAUUGAUGGGUUGUGCACUGUUUAUUAUUUGUGUAUCUAUACUAAAAGUUCUUUCAGUGUGCAAGCAAUUUAACAUAGUUUUGUCAGUGUGCAGGCAAUUGAAAAAAGUCCUGUCAGUGUGCAGGCAACUGAAAAAAGUCCGGUGAGUGCAGGUAUCUAUACCAAGUGCUGUCAGUGUGCAGUCAAUUAUCGAGUCCUGUCAGUGUGGUGCGCAGGGAACUGAACAAAGUCCUGUCAGGUUGCAGGUGAGAAUCAUAUUCUGUCAGUGUGCCGUCAAGCAUCAAGUCCUGUCAGUGUGCAGGCAACUGAACAAAAUCCUGUCGGUGUGCAGGAAACUGUGACAAGUCCUGUCAGUGUGCAGGCAACUGUGACAAGUCCCGUCAGUGAUUAUCCAGGCAACAUGUUUGACGAGUAUGUUUUUAUGACCCCGAAGGUGGGCAUAUUAAAAUUGCACCUUCCGUCCGUCUGUCCUGUGUCUGGCUCAAUAACUCGUGUCCGUGCUGUAACUUUCUCUUGUAUGGACAGAUAUUAAUAUAACUUGUCACAUGUGUUCAACAUACCAAGACGACGUGCCGUGUGCAAGACCCGUGUCCUUACCUCUAAGGUCAAGGUCACACUUAGUGUUUAUUGACAAUGGAAUGCUGCAUAUAAGUACAUAAAGUAUACUUUCUCUUGUAUAGACAGAUUUUAAAUUGACUUGCCAUGUGUGUUUGACAUACUAAGACGACGUGUUGCGUUUAAGACCUGUGUCCCUCCCACUAAGGUUAAGGUCACACUUAUGUGUUUAUUCACACUGGAAUGCUGCAUAUAAGGACAUAGAGUAUAGGUUGUCGUGUCCGGGCUGUAACUUUCUCUUGUAUGGACAUAAUGUAAAAUGACUUGCCACAUGUGUUUGACAUAUCAAUACGACUUGUAGCGUGCAAGAUUUGUGUCCCUACCUCUAAGGUCAAGGUCACACUAAGUGUUAUUCACAAUGGAAUGCUGCAUAUAUAAGGACAAAGAGUAUAGGUUGUCGUGUUCGGGAUAUAAAUUUCUCUUGUAUGGACAGAUUUUAAAAUAACUUGCCACAUGUGUUCCACAUACCAAGACGACAUGUCGCCUGCAAGACCUGUGUCCCUACUUUUAAGGUCAAGGUCACAAUUAUUGUUUAUUUACAAUGGAAUGCUGCAUAUAAGUACAUAGAGUAUAGGCUUUCGUGUCCGGGCCGUGACUUUCUCCUGUAUGGACAGAUUUUAAAAUGACUUGCCAUAUGUUUUCGACAUACCAAGACGACGUGUCGUGUGCAAGACCCAUGUCCCUACCUUUAAGGUGAAAGAUACACUAAGUGUUUAUUCACAAUGGAAUGCUGAAUAUGAGGACAUAAGAGUGUUGGCUGUCAAGUAUGGUUGGUAUUUUUUCUAUGCUCAGAGGCAAUUUAAAAUAACUUGCCAUAUGUAUUUGACACAUAAAGGCAAGAUCAACUUUUUAUGUACUUGUUCAUAGGUCAAUGUCACAUUCGGGGGCCUUUGUCACAUACUGUGACAGCUCUUGUUCAAUAUUUUUUGAGAAACAAGCUAUAUUGAUAACAAAGGUUAAACUUGUUUACUCAGGUGAGCGAUUUAGGGCCAUCAUGGCCCUCUUGUUUUUAAUACUGUUAGUUUUCUCUUAAGUUUUACUGUGUACUGUAUAGACCCUCAAAAAUGAACAUGUAUACUGAUAGAAAUGAUGUGUGUAAAUUUUGUAUAAAAUAAAAUUGUUUUACCUUUA